AUGGCCGGUCAGGGCCCUGCCCAGCUGGAGCUGACGCUCACCCCGGACCCCGACCUGACCACCGUCAUGCGCCUGCGUGCGGAGGGCCUGCGCCAGCGGAACGAGAAACGGCAGGACGGAGAACGCCUCCUGCGACCGGCCGAGUCCGUCUACCGGCUGGACUUCAGGCGUCAGCAGGGCCUGCAGUUCGCGCGCUGGCACGUGCGGCUGGGCCAGCCGGGCCAGGUGACCAUCACGGGCACCUCGCAGAACUGGACCCCUGACCUCACCCACCUCAUGACCCGCCAGCUGCUGGAGCCGGCCGCCAUCUUCUGGAGGCAGGACGGCUCCGACCAGCUGGAGUGGAACGAGGCGGACGCCCAGGAGUUCGGCGAGCGGUUGUCCGAGCUGGCCCGGGUCCGCAGGGUCAUGUAUUUCCUCGUCACGUUCGCCGACGGCCUAGAGCCGGCCCAGUUCAACGCCUCCGUGUUCUUCGACCUGAUCUGAGCCCCCUGGCCCCUCGUCCCCGCAACGGCCCUCGGCUCCCCUGGCCUGAGCCCCCGGCUGGUCCUGGCCCUCAGUUGGGGGCUUCGGGGUUGGGUGGGUCUCUCGGGGGCUCAGCCGAUCACGGCUAACUGGCUAGCACCCUCCCUCUCCCCUCCCUGCCUCUGCCUUGGCCGUGGGGAGCCCUGGGCGGGACGCCCAGUGCACAGCGAGAGUUGGUUGUCAGCAGGAUCCGCCGUAGUGGGGAGUGGGCAUCUAGGGAUC